GAAACAUCGCCAAUAUGGCGUCUAUAAACAAUGUUUAGUUGUAGAUUUUAUAAAAUCUACUUUUUCAAAGAAUCAGAUAAGCAACAGAAAAAUGUCUGGAAUCAAACGUCGCUUGCAUUUAGCAAGUGGCAGAAUGUCAACAAGCAGUAUGCCUCUAGGACCAUUUGGUGAAGUCGUGGGUACGACCGGUACCCUGGAGGCGCUAGGUAUCGAUGGUAGUGCGUACAAGAGCAAGGUCAUCGCGCCCCGUAACCCAAAACUCCUCAAACCCGGAGAGGAUGAAGGGUUUAAGAUGACCCCAAGCAAAUUCAUGUUUGACAUGCAUAUGGAUACAGAACAGAAACUGGCUAACACACACACAAUGAAAGUUCCGAGAAAGAUAGAGUUGUUGGAUAUGGCAGACACAAGCUUACAGAAGGGGGAGCCAGCAGAUUCUGUUCUUACGCUGUUCUCCCAAGUCAAUGUGGAUGAACCAAUGUUUCAACCGUUCCCGUCGGAAAUCUUCUUCCAGAAGUUUGUACCCUUCGAGACGUAUGAAGUACCCCUUGUCCUCAGGAAUAAUGACAAGGUGCCCCGCCUAGUGAAGGUCACACAGGCAGACUCGCCCUAUUUCAAGAUAAUCAGCCCUCAUGACGUGGGUAAUAAGGUUGGACCGGGCCUGCCGACCACAUUCAGGCUCCAGUUUACACCGGAUGAGGUCAAGGACUACACCCAUGAGCUGGUUUGCAUCACUGAACGUGAGAAGUUCAUAGUUCCUGUGCGAGCGAUCGGAUCUCGAGCAAUCCUGGACUUUCCAGACGAAAUCAACUUUCCGAUCGGACCAGUCAAGUAUUCAAACACAAAGACUUUGUUGAUAAGAAACUCCGGGAACAAGGAGGGGAAAUUCACUCUAUCCUGUGAAAAACCAUUCAAAGUUUUCCCAGAAAUCGCCACCCUGGGCAUGCAGGACAGCAUGCAGGUGAGUGUGGAAUUCACGCCGGACAAGACAGGUGACCAUCAUAGCGAGCUGGUGAUCCACUACGACUCUGGAGAGGACAUCUACGUCAAGCUGUACGGAGCCGCACAAGACGCCAACGUGCGUCUGGACAAAAAUUCCGUCCGAAUCGAGAACACGUUCAUCUCUAUGGCCAGUCAGAGGACGGUUACUAUCAGCAACCGUACCGACGUCCUCGCCCAUUUCAGGUGGACACAGUUUGCCACGAGAGAAGAAGAGGAUCAACAGAAAAGCAUGGUGUUAAAUUCUCUCGAAGACGAGGAAAAGACCGACUCAGACCGGUUCCUUGAGGAAUGUAUCCAGGACCCCACCCUGCGGGACAAGCUCUCCAUUUUGGGCAGAACAUUCCAGAACAGGAAACAGCUGAUACAAAACGAUGAGAUGCUGUUUAACGAUGAUGUGGUGAAAAUUGAACCGUCUGAGGGAGAUAUCUGGCCAAACUCGAGCAUAGAUGUAAACAUCAUCUUCAAACCACGCGAGGCAAAAAGCUACACCAGAACUGCCUUCUGUGACAUCACAGGCAGAGAAUCGCGUCUGCCGCUCCGGAUCAAAGGCGACGGCAUUGGGCCGCGUGUGCAGUUCUCGUUGGAAAGUCUCGAUAUGGGAAACAUUUUUAUUGGCUCGAAGCACUAUUAUGAGAUUGUGAUGGCAAACAAAGGGGACAUUGAUGCCAUUUAUAGCGUGAUACCCAACCAGACGGUUUUUGGGCCGUGUUUCCAGUUCAAUCCUGCAGAGGGAAUUGUUAUGCCUGGUGGUCACCAGGCGAUACAGGUGUCAUUUCAGAGUCCAUACCUGGGCGAUUUUGAGGAGGAGUUUUGCUUCCAGGUGGAUGGCCAGCCUGAGCUGUUGAAAGUCACAUUUCUUGGAAGUGUUAUUGGCCCAACUUUCCAGUUUAAUGUUCCAAGACUGAAGUUUGGAACAGUUUCAUUUGGCUUUCUGAACACAAAAACCUGCACCUUGUCCAACACUUCACUGGUUCCCAUGAAGUUCAACCUCCGCGUUCCUGGUGACGGUGUCACAGCCAGUGUUUGCGGAACCAGCGACCUGGAUAGCGUGAGGAGUGAAGUGGGGACCAGUCCGUCCCUUGCGCUUGGUGCAGAACAACCACGAGAGUUUGAGAUCAUUCCGGCGUCUGGGACUAUCCCACCCCAGAGCGAGAUAAAGGUCACGGUGAAGUUCAUCUCAAACACGAUCAAGAAAUACGAGAUGAAUCUGGUGGUGGAUGUUGACAAAGUGGGCGAAGAGAUUGUGUCCCUGCCCAUAACUGCCAAGUGCAUGGUGCCCCUGAUAACUGUCCUGAGCCCGAUCCUUGACUAUGGGCGCUGUUUUCUGCGUCAUCCAUAUGAGCACAGCAUCAAGCUUCAUAAUGACUCAGACUUGCCAGCAAAAUACGAGCUCAUAGCUCAGCGUGUCAACAAUGAGACGCCGAUCAUGUACAGAAGCCCACAGCCAAAGGGUAUCGUAGAAGCCCACUCUGUGUUAGACGUUCCCCUGAUUAUCGAGGCUCAAGGGAUAGAGGAGCAAGAUGUUGUGGCGAGCAUCGCAAUCUUCGGCAGUCCAGAUCCACCUUUGUCAGUACACGUGGCAUGUAUUGGAGAGGGCCCAGUGGUUCAUGUUAUGCCCUUGGAGCUGGACUGGGGAACUGUGCCAGUACUGCAAGACAAGUGCAAGAAAAUCCUGCUGUCUAAUGAGUCUCUUAUUCCUGCAAAGUUCACGGCUCAUAUGGUUCGUCCAAAGUCCGUGUACCGCGUAGAUCCCUCUGAUGGAGAGAUUCCGCCUGAACAAAGCAUGGAGAUCACAGUGACUGCGUGUCUAGAUGACUGUGUCAGGUUCCAGGACAAACUUCAGAUCAACUUCAUAGAGAGUCAGGUGCGACAUAUUCCUCUGACGUCAUACGGGCAAGGCACAACCAUUGUGUCAGAUCCCCUACUAAUCCCCCAGUUGGACCUUGGACCAAACUUUAGCAACCGACCAUAUUGUAAAGUGUUCCAUUUGACCAACAAAGGGAGACGACACCAGCAGUUGGUCUGGAGUAUGGAUGGAUUCUCUCCCAUUGCCAAGGCUAAGAAAGAAAUGCAGAGUUACAACCCACUUGACAUGAAGUUCAAAAACCAACCACCACCAGCCCCACCUCCAACGCCAGUAUUUAAGGUUACACCCAACCGAUUUGACAUGCCCCCUGGCACCAGCAUUGACCUGAAACUGGAAGGAUUUGUCAACAGCCCCCAGUUUGUGAGGGAGAGGCUACUGUGCCAUGCAAUCAUCGGUCGACAAGGUGGCAAGGAACUAAUCAUGAAGAUUGAUGUCUCCAGCGACUUCAUCAGUCCAUUACUUGAGUUCUCCACAAAGAGCGUCUACUUCAGAGUUGACAAGAAACCAGAUGACAUGCUUGAACCCCAGACCCGUGAACUUGUGAUCAGUAACGUGUCCACGUUGCCCCUGACAACGGAGCUGAAACUUGCCAGACCCUUCCAGAUAUUGCUGGAAGACGGCACAGAGGUGUCAGAAACGUCUGUACAUCUUGACACCGGCAAGAAGUACACGCUGAGGAUAAGGUUCGACCCAGCGUACAAGGACGACCUUCACAUACGAACCAUUGAUGAGGUGCUCCACAUCAGAUACAAGGAGCAUCCCCAUGUGGACUACAUUGCCCUGCGUGGAGAGGUGUACUUCCCCAACCUGGAGUUCGAGAAGUCGGUGAUGGACUUUGGCUGCAUUCUAAAUGAUACAGAGGUCACCCGUUAUGUGAACAUUACCAACAACAGCCCUAUGGUGGUGAAAUACAGAUGGUCGUUCCUGAUUGGCGAUGAGCCCUGUACGAUGGUCAACCAUCGGGCCAAGGUUGCUUCCCCUAUCGGAGAGGAAGUGAUGGAGCCAGAGGGAGGGGAGGGGUCAUUGGCAGAGGACAAGGCGUCAGAGGCGGGGUCAAGUAGAGGCUCAACCCCGCGACCGGCUGACCAGCUGCCCAUUGUGGAAGUCAUUAUACAGGAACCUACAGAGAUCAGGGAUGAAUCCACUGAGAAGUCUGAGCAGGAGCCAACUAAAGAGGAAGGGGAGGUCAUUGAGACUGCAGGAAGUUUGUCACCAGUUAAGUCCCCUGAAACCCCAAAAGAGGUUUCUACUGCAGGCAGUAACAAGAGUGUUACGCAGAAAACAGGUUCUUCCAACGUUUCUGAGAUUCAUACGGAGGAAGUUGAAAAGGGUCAAAUGGACGAGGAUGCAGUGGAUGCUGAAAGCAAGAGCAAGCCUCUGGAUGACAAAGAUCACAUGCGCCUGAGUCUGGGUGACAUGGAUCAGGAGGAGUAUGAUGAAGACCCGCUGAAGACCAACCGUGUUCUGGCAGCACUGCUCCAGUCAGAGCGCGCCAAGGAGGCCACACCCAUUGGGGUUGAAGAGGUGUUUGACAUCCUGCCCCUGUAUGGCACCCUGCAGCCAGGCGACACAGAGCAGGUCACCAUGACCUUUUAUGGUCACGCUGACAUAUGGGGCCAAGCGAAGGCCAUCUGUGAGGUGGAGGGGGGCCCCACAUACGAGAUCACUCUGAAGGGAGAGGCCUCUCUGGUCAGCUACAAGUUUGACUGCAAGGAGAUACACUACGGCAAACAGAUGUAUGAUCAGGUGGCAACGACCAUGAUUUCAUUGGUCAACACUGGCAAAGUAGGAUUUGAGUUCUGUUGUCUGAACAUGGACCCAGCCCUUGCUAAGAAACCAAAACCAGGAGUCCCAAUUAUGGUUCCACAUGCUGGCUACAUCGAACCAAUGAGCGAACAGAAGCUUACCAUCAAGUACUUGCCAGGCGUCCCAGAAAAGUUUGACAAAUGUUUCCGCGUGCAGGUUGCGCACUUUGAGGCUGAUCUAAUCACUAUUCACGGUGAAGGAGUUUUCCCGCGGAUCUCUUUGGACCUUCCACGGAAAGUGGACAGCGAAGGGUAUUACAAUAGCCUCGUCAGAGAGGCAAAAGGCAACGUCUACAAACACACUAUGAUGAGCAUGGAUACAAAAAGUAGUCCCGCGGAUCAGCACACACAGGGUCAGACUGCUGUACCGGACCCACUGCUUGCCGCCCAAGCAAAGGGUAACCAUCAAGAAUUGGGUGAGCUGUGUGUGAUGCCAUCAGAGCUUGACGUUCAGCUUGAAAUGGAGCGACUUGCAGUCCGCGAUUUUGCUCGUAAGCUGCAGGAACAGGAUGUGUCCCAGUCAGAGAUCUACGAUAUUGGGUCCCAGACUCCACCAAUGAGUAACGAGAGUCGAGAAUCGCAAACCACCUCCGACUCAAAGAGUGCGAAGAAGAAGAAGAACAAGCCAAAACUUCCCGAAUAUGUGCUUGAUUUUGGAUACGUUGUCCUUGGUGACCAUCGCCAGCAUGUAGUCAAGGCAACCAACACUGGUUGGUUCCCAGUCUCGUUCCAAGUUGAAAACGAGAACAUUAAGCACCAGGGAUUCCACGUGGAGCUAGACCGAGUACGCAACCUUCCUGGAUCGCCGGAUUAUGAAACUGUGGACUUCUGGGUCAGUUUCGAUCCUAGGGGAGCUAAUCUGGGCCUUGGUCCUGUGGAGAGUUAUGUUCCCAUUAAUGUUCUGAACGGCCCGGUGAUCAUGAUGCACCUGAAGGCCCAUGUGACCAUGCCCGACAUGCAGAUCUCAGACGACAGCCUGGACUUUGGUGUGGUUCGCUGUGGGGAGUGCCGUGUGGUCAUCGUGCAGCUCCACAACUACCAGCAGGUGAAGUGCGAGUGGAACUCCCUGCCCACAGAGAAAGAGAAGAAAAAGAUUUGGAAAAUUGAAAAUAAAAAGUCAGAAAAGCAUGUGCCUAUGCACCUGCGUCGCAAGGCCAAGGUAGACAAGACCAAGCCACGCAUCUUUGAGAUCAUGCCGCCCACAGGAACCCUGAUGCCCGGUCAGCGUCUCAACGUGCAGGUCAAGUUCAUGCCUACAGAGGAGAAAUUCUACGAGCAGCGUAUACCGAUACGCAUAACAAAGAGCAGCCAGCGUAUCCUGCUGUUGUGCAGAGGUCAAGGGUCUGAGCCCCGUCUGGACUUCGACCUGAACAUGAUGCAGUUUGGGCCGAUCCUGCCACACAGUCCAGGCGACGAGAAAGAGAUAGUUGUUCGCAACCCAUGCGCAUUCCCAAUUGAGUUCUACAACCUCGAGUUUGACUCCCAGUAUUUGGAGGAAGAAAAGGUAUUGAGGCUAAUGAAGGGCUAUGACGAGUUCAACACUAUCCUCCUGCCACCUAGAGGGGCUUCUGAGAAACUGCCACCAGAGUUGACAGAGUUCUAUGAGGAGCAAAUGCAGAAGCUUGAGGAGGCAGAGAAGGCCCGCAGGGAGGCAGAGGAGUUACUGGAAUCUCAGAGAGAUGAGGAAGAUGGUGGUGAAGACGGCGAGAAGACAGGAUCAGACAAGAGUGAAGUGGGUCAGACUGCUGGCGGUACCGAGACGGUGCGGUCCCGAGCUGAGUCCAUUGCUGACAGCGUGGAUGGAAUGGAGGAGUCACAGUCCAAACAGCCAUCAGACGAUGGCAAGGAAUCAGGCAGCAGUGGCCCAGUGGGUGAAAUGGAGAUCACACCCGUAUCCAAGGCAGUUGCUAGGCACCUGGGCAUUGACCUUUCACCCGAGGGCAAGGCUGCAAGGAACAGGCGUGGCAUAGCAGUGAUUGUUCAUGGAGCGCCAUUGUCAGGUAAAACAACCACCGCGAUUGGACUGGCAAAGCACUAUGAGGCGGCCCUUCUCAGCAUUGACGGCAUUGUGCUCGACGCAAUCUCCAACGGCAACACGGAGGCGGGUCGCAAGGCCAAGGAACUCUGCGCGGAGGCGGCCAGAAAGAGGCACGAGGAGUUGCGGGCCUUGGAAGGUGAAGACGGUGAAAAGAAGGUCGCUGGGGGCCUCAGCGUGGAGGCUGUGGCGGCUCAUACCCAGGGCGCAACAGGUGGCUUCACGAGCGCUGCCCCUUCCAUGGUGAGCAAUCGUAAAACAAGUACCAUUACAGAUCCCAAGGGAGCUAAGGACAAGCACAGCAACGUCGCAGGCGGCAAGGCCAACUUCAAUGCGACAUCCACUGACGGAAGUCAGUAUGGCAGCAAAUCCCAGCUCUCAUCUGAACUCUUGAGAAGUAGCGGACGAAAGGGCACACUUGUUGAUUUUGCUGUACCUUCUCUCAUUAUCGAAAGAUCACUUGAAAAGGUUGCCAGCACUCCUCCCCUUGAUGGCCCCAAUUGCGCGCAGGCUAAGCGUUAGCGCGAGUGUCGAUGGAGAGUCUGGUCUCAUGAGCUGUUGUCCUUUCGGAAGAUCUGCUCGUGGAAAUACUGGCCGAACGUCUACAGCUGAAUGACUGCCACAGGGGUGUAGUGUUUGAUGGCCUAGAGACCUUGUUUGCCCAGACCAACAUGUGGCAGCGUCCGCCGUUCUGAGGUCUCUGAACAACCGAAGGUUCAUCUACUUUGUGACUCUGAAGCACGACUUUGAACAUUUGAAGGAGCACGAGAAGAAACAGCAAGAAGAAAAAGAGCGCAUGGCAGCAGAAAGAGAAGAGGCAGAAAGAAGGCGGCUUGAGGAUAUGUCUGAGGAGGAAUAUGAUGCUCUGACUGAGAAAGAAAAGGCAGAUGUUGAUCGCAAACGGCUGGGAUUAAGAAGGAAAGAAUUAGAAAG